GUAUUCCAGUAGGUGGCGAAGGCUGUCACACACCCGGACAUUCUACACGGCAGUACUUAGCAUUCGAAGAUUAUCUGAGGGAACAGGAACUCCGCUGUGCGGCUUUUAAUUUUUUUUUAGACAGAAUGCCUCCAAUACGAAGAACAUUAAAAAAUGUUGUGAAAAAUUUCUCUGACGCUCAAAUUAAGGUGCGAGAAGCGACCUCCAAUGAUCCAUGGGGUCCUUCCAGCACGCUUAUGUCGGAGAUUGCCGACCUGACUUACAACGUGGUGGCUUUCACGGAAAUCAUGCAGAUGUUGUGGAAGCGUCUGAAUGACCAUGGGAAGAACUGGAGGCAUGUGUACAAGUCCCUUGUGUUGCUGGACUACAUCAUUAAAACAGGCAGUGAAAAGGUCGCACAACAGUGUAAGGAAAACAUAUUUGCCAUACAGACUUUGAAGGAUUUUCAGCACAUUGAGGAAAAUAAGGACCAGGGAAUGAAUGUACGGGAGAAAGCAAAGCAACUGGUGUCUCUUCUAAAAGAUGAUGAAAGAUUGAAAAACGAGCGUGCUAAAGCAUUGAAAGCCAAAGAACGAUUUGCUCAGAGCUCAAUAGGGGUUGGCAGCCAGGGUCAGGGUGGAGGUUUUGGUGCAGGCAGCCCCACCCUGCAGUCGGGAUCUGGGGGAUAUCAAGACCCGUAUGGCGGGGCAACAGGACAGGAUGACACCUCCCCAAGUGGGCGACGUCUGUCCACAGACCUGGAGUCUGCUCGUCCAUCGUCCGUCGGGGAAGAGGAACUGCAGCUUCAGCUGGCUCUGGCCAUGAGCAAAGAGGAACACGAAGAGGAGCUGAAGAAACAGAAAAGUGAUGACAUCAAAUUGCAGUUGGCCAUUGAGGAGAGCCAGAAAGAUGAUGAUAAGACUCUUAUCCAGCUCUUGUUGGUUCUGGCUGGGAUUCUGGCUGGCCAAGAGACUGUUUCCCCAGGCCCUCCAGUAACAACCUCUUCACUAGUGGAUGUGUUUGACAGCGGCACACGAGGACAGCCUCUUCAGACGGACCCCUGGGGUGCCCCACUACAGCGGGUCCCUCCAACAUCUCAUCCUCCUGACCCCUGGGGUGCCCCAUCAGCUAAACCUGCCUCGAACAUGGGCCCCCAGACCCCUGGAACUCGCCUGUGGCUGCCUCUAAGGCUGCUCCUCAGUUCGCAGACUGACCCGUGGGGAGCUCCUGCCCCACAAGCAACCCCUUGGACAACAUCUGCAGGUAAUGCCGCGUCUCCAGGCGGGUUUGAUUCAUUUGGGCACAGCACAACAACAACUACCAAUGGGACCUCUGGCAAUAUAGACGAUGCAUUUGACUUGCUUAGUUCACGGACUGACACAGUUUCUCCUUCGCAAGGAAAAACUAACAAUGCAGCUAUGGAUGGAUUUGACCCAUUAACAGGUAGUACAUCUAAUAAUGGAGUGGACCCAUGGAACAUGAGCUCUGUUGAUCAAGCCUUAGGAGCGAAUGCUCGCAAGAAGUCCCCACAGGAGUUUUUAGGAGCCAACGCAGGUUUAGUGAAUCUAGAUGACUUGGUAUCAAGAGCUCCUCAAAAAGGUACGAACCCUUUCACUGCGAGUGCCAGUAAUCCUUUUGAACAGUCGAACCAGCGAGUACCAUUAAAUCAGCUGCAGAACACAAACGCGAGUGGAUUUGCCCAACCAGGGGGAGCAACUCUGCUUCCCACCCCACUCAUCCCUGUGAACACUUCAUCUCAACCUAUGCAACCACAAGCCAGUUACAAUCCCUUCCUCUGAGACAGGCUAAGCUCUCUCGUCGGGACGGCUGUGAUGUGACAUAUCAUCUCAGCAGCUGUCCCUGGCGCAGAUUACAUACUGUGAGUGGCUCUCUAUAGCACAGAUUACACAUUGUCAGUGACUGUUUGAAGGAGAGGUGAUCAUAAUUAGACUUCUGAGAUAAAUUUCACAAUGAACUCCAGGUAUCACCUGAAUUUUAUUGGAUUAAUUGAUAUAAUUCAAAUUUUAAUGUCCUUCCCCGGACUCCAAGGAGGCAGUGUUCAGGGGGCUGAGGAAUAAAGACCUCUUAGGUCGCAGAUGGUCAUCUGUAUAUUAUGGAAGAGGAAUUUCAUUUACCCAGACAGCAUACUACAGCUGAUAUCCUUGGUUACAUAGAGGACAGUGUGGCACUUGUGUAAUGAUCGUCACAAUGCCAGCAGAUGUAUGCACCUAGGCCAGGUACAAAUUAGGACCUCCUGUGGACUGACCAAGGCUUUUCAAUUAUCUAGCAGUAUAAUGGAUGACACAACUUGUGUGGUGUACAUGUACUUGUUUGUUUUAGUGCUUUAUUAUAAUUCUUUCCUCAUUUCUGAAAGCUGAAGGGAGCCAAUGUACAGUUACCCUUCAGGAUCAAAACCUUGUCUGUCUGUCUUAAUCUAGAAGCUGUACUACCCAGUACUUCAGUACCCAAUCUCCGUAUCAAUACCUGUGAAAGUAUGCCAUCAAGGAUAUACCUUUGUACAUAGAUACAUAUAUGUAUACAUGCACACAGACAGACAUAAACACCAACACAGGUAUAUAUAUAUAUAUACAUGUAUAUGGUCUGUUUAUGACAAUAUAAGUAUCUAAAUGAAUGUCCUGGUGGCUAAAAGCUGUGCAGCAUGACUAUUUUUAUUGUUAUAAAGGGAGGUAAUUGUAGCAUCACAACGUAGUCACAGUAUUACAGAUUCCUAUUUUGGCUUGGCCUGUUCUGUUCGGCCAGAUCUUAACUUCAUGACCUUCUUUUGGAACUUUCGUUUUGUGUAUUGUAAAUCUGAACACAUUGUAUGUAGACAUUUUAAUUAAAGGCUUAUUUUAUACAAAUCUGUAUUUACUAUCCUUUAGUAGUUAUUAUGUUUUUAAUAUUUGUUAUUGUAGGGCAUGCUUUUCUUGUUGCUUCUCUGUGUUACAGCCCAUUUGCAUUGAAAAUUGUGUGCUGAUAUGCCAUGAUAGCAUAUUAAGUGUUGCCAACAAAAUCAGACUGCACGUUCUAUCACAGUUAAUAUUAUACAGGUAACCAAAAUGACUUGUUCAUUUCAUUCCAUCAGUUUAGCAUGUAUAAUGUGGCGCAAAAUGCAUGAUUUUCUGAAUAUUAAUACAUUUCUGAAAGUGUCAGUCUGGAGUUAUCUCCCUUGAAACAGGAAUUGUCUCUUGAUCUGUGAUGCUAGAAUGAAUACAGACUUCCAUACCCUGUAUUUGGUGAAGGAAAAAUGAUAAGAGAUUAAAUCCCAAAUCGUUUUACCUAAGGUGAUAUUUGAUGGUAUAAAACUCUGUGUGAGUGACAUUAUGUGUAUUGUAAGUCACCGCCUGUUCACUCAGCUGUUAAGCUUAUGGCUUAAGUUGCCGGGGACCACUUUCACAAAACUUUGUCAUUUUUCUCGUAACUUUUCUUCGUAUAAGACGUCUGGGUAAUAGUAGCAUAAGGCAAAGUCAUUUAUAAUAAAAGUUAAGAAAAACUGAUUUUUCAGGGUUACAGGGCUAACGUUCGCAAGGCCAUUCACCGCAUUUUUAUGCAGACGUGUGAUUGACACUUUCUCCCCGAUCCAUGGUUACAGGUUGAGAUAUGAUGACAAAGUCUGUAAAUAGUGGAUGGAAUUGCUAUGUGUUGGUACCAUUGGCCUUACAGGGUGAAGUCAACACCGAGUCUAAGGGACUAAAGCCAUACUUAACUGUUUAACCUGACCAAAAGCUAGGGCUACAGGUAGAAAUACACUAAACAUUCAGCAGUCGGCAGGAUUGGCCAUUAGUGAUGGCUAUACCAGUGUAUUGGCUCACCUUGUAUUACCUUGGAUCAGCCCUACCUGCCUUUUCUCACCUGACAUUUACAUUUACCUAUACCAGCCUAACAUUGUUUUCAAGCUUUUAUUUUGUCUGUAAGAGAAGUGCCUCUCAAUAUGGAAGUUAUUGGCAGUCUUAUCUGAUACCAUGGGUCCAGAAUGAAAUGUGGAGAUUUUUCAGUGUGUGCUGUCCCUGUUACACCUUCAUCAGUUUGCUCUACCAGCCUUUGCCAAACUUCAUUAACCCUUCAUCCGUUAGAUAGGUACAAUGAAACUCUGACCCAGUAUCACACCACAUCAGCUCUAAGUACACUACUUGUUGUAGCAGUAACACAAUCUCAUAGGACAAACUGAUGUAUGUGUAAUCUAUCUGCAGGCACUAAUCUAGGUGAUCACAGUGUCUGUGAGCACUAAUCCAGGUGGUCACGGUGUCUGCGGGAACUAAUCCAGGUGAUCACGGUGUCUGCGGGAACUAAUCCAGGUGGUCACGGUGUCUGCGGGAACUAAUGCAGGUGAUCACAGUGUCUGCGGGCAGUAAUCCAGGUGGUCACGGUGUCUGUGGGCACUAAUCCAGGUGUCACGGUGUCUGCGGGCACUAAUCCAGGUGAUCAUGGUGUCUGCGGGCACCAAUCCAGGUGGUCACGGUGUCUGCGGGCACUAAUCCAUGUGAUCAAAAAAUUGCAAAGUUGUCAGGACAGUCAUUUUGCACGCAUACAUGUCCCAGAGUCUUUGUUGGCCAAGGUUAUCAACUUGCCUUUAAGCCUUUUUUUUUUGCCUUUAAGACUCCGGCCAAUAAUGAAAGCUUAUAAGCAUUUAGCCAGGCUGGUGCUAUCCAGUUUCGCAGGUGUAUUUAGAGUUCUAACAUUUUAAAAAAGAGCAAUAAAGUUUCAGAAAAAUCCACAUCAUUAUUUACCUAUAUUCUCCAGCAUGUCUGCACACACAUCCAUAGCACUGACAGGGAUGGCCAGUUACAGGGCAUGCUAAAAACCUCAAAUGGAAAUGCCAGAACCUGCAUCAGUUAUUACAAACCACAGUGAUGAAGAAUCCAAGCAUGGCAUGCUUUUAUUACAAACCACAGUGAUGAAGGAUCCAAGCAUGGCAUGCUUUUAUUACAAACCACAAUGAUGAAGGAUCCAAGCAUGGCAUGCUUUUAUUACAAACCACAAUGAUGAAGGAUCCAAGCAUGGCAUGCUUU